GAGUGAGCAAGCAAGCGACUAAAUGCUGUGUAUGAUUUAGCUAUGGCUAAAGGUUUGAGUUGAAUUUUCCAACAGAACAUCGCAGAGUUUCAUUCCAAAUGGUUUGAAUCUGUAGCGCUUGACACAGGCGUGUACGUCAAUCGAAACCAAAAACAUUCACAGUAAAAAAAGAAGAAAAACGAAACACGACGAAUUACGAAUUCAGCACUUUUUUCAACUUGUCAUUGAAGGAAGAGCAAUUUUGGAGUCAACGUUUUUAAAUUAUUCUGGUCAUACGCCGUGCACACUGAUUUGACAUAACAACAAAAAAUACAUUGCACAAAUCAUCAAAUCGCCUACAUACCAAAUAGGAUGUGUAACGUGACAUAUAAAUAAAUACAAAAAAUUUGCACAGUGAAUUGUUUUCAGUUUAAACAAAUAUACAUAGAAAGAAGAAAAAGCUCUUCGCCCAAACAAAAGUCACAUUUUAAAUUAAAAGUCAAACAUCAAGUUGCCGUCAAAUAUACAAAUAUAGAUAUAUAUAUAUUCCACGCACUCAAAACAAACGUCAACAAUAUAACAACAAAAAAUAAUAAAUUGUGAAACGUACGAAAGUAACUUAAUUCAAUUCAAUAAAAGCAAAAUAAAUUCAAGUGUCUACAUUUAUCUGUACUGGUGCGAUUUGAGUGUGCAUUUUACUGGUGUUUAUCACACCAAACAAUACAAAACUAUAAGAAUAAUCAAGUAUAGUUUUCGUACGGAUUGGAUUUUGAUUUUCACGUACAGAGAGAGAGCAAGUGCAUCAAACCAUUAGAAAAAUGAAAUCGACCGUUGUAUUAAUGGUGUUGGGGACCUCAUUUCUCUUCAUCGGAACUUCAGUUAAUGCAUGGGGUGGCAUCUAUAAUAAUCGUUUCUCACCCGAAAUGCUGCAAAACAUGGGCUACGGUGCACCUCAUCGCAUUUAUCAAGAGAGUGAAAAUUUUGCCGAAGAAAAUGAGUUGGCAAUGGAGGACGAAUUGUGCUAUGGAAAGCGUUGUACGGCCAAUGAGCAUUGUUGCCCUGGUAGCGUGUGUGUGGACGUUGACGGAGUUUUAGGAACGUGUCUGUUUGCUUAUUCGCGAAAGUUAGGGGAGCUGUGUCGCCGUGACUCGGAUUGCGAAUCGGGAUUAAUUUGUGAACAAUCAGCCGUAAGUGGAGCUAGCGUAUGCAGCGCACAAAUGGCCGUUGCCAAACAAUAUUCCGCAGAUUGUCUGACAUCUACCGAUUGCGAUAUUACACGUGGGCUAUGUUGUCAACUUCAGCGCAGACAUAGGCAAUCACCACGAAAAGCUUGCUUAUACUUCACCGAUCCACUAACAUGUCUGGGUACUGUUCAAGUUGAUCAGAUAAAAGCGCAUGAUGUUCAGCAUACAGCCGGUGAAAAGCGAAUCACAUCCGCCUUCAAACAUGUACUGAAAUAAGAUGACAACCCAAAACAAGCACUCGAACAGUAUACCUAAUUAAAAAGCAUAAAAAGUUUCCGUUUCUAUGUCGUCCGAUAUAUUUCACAAUACAAAAACACACCAACACCACCACCACCACCACCAACAUAUGACACAAACAAAUACACAAAAUCAAUUUAUCUGCCUCAGUAAAAGCCAUUCACAAGCCCAAAAAAAUAAUAAUGAAAACUACAAAAAAAGUGUAGCUGAAAACAUAUCAAAAACACUACCAAAUACUACUAUAUUUAAACAAAAAAAAAAGUUAAAGCCUAUAUAUAAUCGAAACAUAUCAUUGGAGACUAAGGUGCGUUUUUGAUGAUUUUCAAAUAUCCUUCUAAGAAUAAAAAAACCGUACAUAAAGUAUUGUCAUUUAAAUAUAAAUAUUUCUAAGAAAAGUAUGAACAAAAGUGAGAGAGAAGAGUGGUAGUGAAUGUCAGUUUUAUCAUCAGUAGAUUACCAAUAAAGAUUUGUCUGACUAGGAUUUUAUUUUUUGUCACAAAUUGAAUAUUGAAUCAUUUCUAUAUAUGUGUUUCAACAUUUCAGUGCUUAAGUCUUUAGAAGUAAGCAAAAUGCAUAAACACAUUUUUACGAAAGCCAAAAAAAAAGAUCGAAAAAUGUUAUUGAAAUUUGAACUUAUGAAUACAACCAGUACAUAUCAUUCAAUGUCCUUAUUUUUCAAGUGUUAGGUCUGCAAAACAUACGUACAAAAAAAUUCUCUUUAACCAAAGCAAAAUGGGGGACAGAAAAACAAAACCCAAUCAACUCAUUGAACAACAACUUUUGCAAUUUGCUUUGCAUUUUCAAUUUAAUACGUAAACUAACUCAACCAUUUUCUUUAAACAUUAUUCAAAAAUUGCAUCGGCCAGGAAACAUGAAAAAAAUUGAUUUAUAUUGGAAAUGCCAUAAUUAUGUUAUGAUAAUAAGUGAAAAGUAAAAAAUGGAUAAUACUCUCGGGGAGGUGUCUCAUGAUUAAGCACCAUUCGUGUAUUUGCCAUUCUUUUUAAGUCCUGCAUUUUCAUCAAUUGUGUCUCAAAUCUGAUAUUAUUAAUUUUCUUUAAAAAUCAAAACAAAAAGACGUUGUUUCCUGUUUCUUCGCCAAUUUUAACAACAAAAAAUGACACUCAAAAUAAACAAAAAAAUUCAAUUAAGAUAAUGAUCUAAAAACAAAACAAAAAACAAUUGAACUCGAAACGAUAAUAUAAAGCACACAAACAAAGACUCGACAGUUGCAGAAAAUUCAAUUUUAUGCCCAAAAAAGAGAAACAUGCAACUUUCGACUAAAAACAAAUUGAUGAAGAAAAAAGUCAAUUAUUUUCGGAAACUGCGUUUGAUGAUCAUAUUAGCAUCGACAUACGUCGGCACCGUAUUACAACAAACUGACAAAAAAAAAACCAAUGGAUUUCAGUUGUAAACAAUAAUAAUUUUCAUUAGAUUUACUCAACCGAUUUUCAAGUAAUUUUCUUCUUCAAUUUGUGAAAAUUGGCUGAAUAUGUGAAUGUUAUUUAUUUGUUCAACUAAAAUUUAAACCCAAAAACAAAAGUAAAAGAAAAAAAAUUACGCAUUGAACAUUUACUUUAUCUCAAAGUGUAAAUAUUGCAACCCUUCCAUUUUGGGAUAAUGUAUUUUGUUCAUAUUUUUAUGCGAUGCAAUGUUUUUUUUAAAAUGUAAACCGGGUGGGAAAUGUGAUGUGCUUGUCGAACGCAGUUAAAAUGCACUUGAGAUUUUACUAAUAAAAAAUCAAGACAUAUCAUUUUUAAGCCAAUUUUUUGUUUAUCCAUUUUUUUUAGAUAUAAAUUUAAGAGAAAAAAAAACCUUUCUUCAAACGAAAUAAAAAAAAAUUGUCAUCGAUUUUAUGCAUCAAUAAAAAAUGUGGAGUGUGGACAUCACAGUGGGAUUGUCCCUUCCUCUUAGUUUUUUUUUGUUUGUUAUUAAAUAAAAUCAAGAAAAAUAUGUACAAGUGGUGAAUUGUACAUAAAUGUAAAAGAAAACAGCUUCUGACAAUGUAUCUAAACGGGUCCGUUUUAUUUAUUAAGCAUAUCAUUUGCAUUAAUAAUAUCAACAUCGCGUUUUCAUUAUUAUUGUCAAUAAUAGUUUUUCGCUAUUAUUUCAUUCAAAAAUUGUGUUUUCUUUUUGUAUGAAAAACAAAAGCCAACAACUAAUUAUCCAAUGCUAUGACUAAUUUUAAUGAAUUAUAAAUUUGGUGAAGGCCUGGUAUAUGUAUUCUCACAUUGCAUUGGCAUUAAUUUUGAAAAGUCCAAAAAAAAAAGAAACAUUACCACCAAACAUAUUUUCACAUGGAAAUUUCCUUCUUCUCUCAAUGCAAGCAUGAAUCAAUUAAUUGUUGUUGUUAGUUGUAAGCUGAUGAAAUACACACACGAUAAAACAAAACUGAAAAAAAAAAACGA